CAGGAACCAAGGUCAGUAGGGUAGCAUUCAUCUUGGGAGUUGCUGGUUUACUUUCCCCACACUCCUCACCAUCAAUCUUCUUGAACCCCCUAAACACCAAAUUUACAGUAAUGGCCCCGACCGUUCGGGAGAACGGCUUCUCCGGCAACGGGAAGGUUUCUAUACCGCACACUGGAUACUCAAAGAGGGCUUACGUGACAUUUUUAGCUGGCAACGGUGAUUAUGUUAAGGGAGUGGUGGGAUUGGCCAAAGGUUUGCGUAAGGCCAAUAGUGCCUACCCUCUUGUGGUGGCAAUCUUACCGGAUGUACCGGAGGACCACCGUGAGAUUUUGAGGGCUCAGGGAUGUAUCAUACGUGAGAUCGAACCUGUUUACCCGCCGGCAAACCAAACUCAGUUCGCCGUGGCCUACUUCGUCAUCAACUACUCCAAGCUUCGGAUAUGGAAUUUCGAGGAGUAUAGCAAGAUGGUGUAUUUGGAUGCGGAUAUCCAAGUGUUCGACAACAUAGACCAUCUCUUCGACACACCUGACGGCUACUUCUAUGCCGUGAUGGACUGCUACUGUGAGAAGAUAUGGAGCUACUCGCUGCAGUAUUCCAUCGGCUACUGCCAGCAGUGCCCUGAGAAGGUGACUUGGCCAGCGGAGCUGGGAUCUCCUCCUUCUUUAUACUUCAACGCUGGCAUGUUCGUGUUCGAACCCAGCCGCUUGACUUAUGAGAACCUCCUCGAGACUCUGCAAGUCACCCCGCCAACCCCAUUUGCGGAGCAAGACUUCUUGAACAUGUUUUUCCAAAAAAUGUACAAACCCAUCCCUCUCGUAUACAACCUGGUUUUGGCUAUGUUGUGGCGCCACCCAGAGAAAGUUGAGCUUGAUAAAGUCAAGGUGGUCCACUAUUGUGCAGCUGGUUCUAAACCAUGGAGGUAUACAGGAAAAGAGGAUAACAUGGACAGGGAAGACAUCAAGAUGCUAGUGGCUAAAUGGUGGGAUAUCUACAACGACGAAUCCCUUGAUUUUAAGGCUGAAGAAAAUCCUGUUCCUGAGGGAGAAUUGUUUCCGAGGUCAUCAAUCAUGGUUUCCAUCCCUGAGCGAGCCAUCUCCUACAUUCGUGCAACCUCUGCUGCUUGAGGGUCUUAAAAACUUGAUGCUAAUCUCUAUCCUAUCCUCUGUUUUUCCUUUUAUUCUAUAGUUUCAAAGUAUAUACCUUUUCUUAGGCUGGUUGGCCUUUCUUUGGUUGUGAGACACUGAGGGUUCAAAAAAUACAGAUAAUUUGCCAAUGUAUUUUGUCUUAUAUAAAGAUCUACUGGCAAAAGAAUGUAAGGCUUUUGUUUGAAUAUAUAGACUUUUUACAU